GGAUUAGAUAUGGUAUCACAAAACUUAUUGACACGUUUUCAUAAACUGCCAACCUGUUUCGACACAUCAUUACCUCUGCUGUUUUGUUAAAUGUCCGAUCCGGUGGUGGAAACCGUUGCUGAUGCCGUUAAAGGUGCGGUGGAAAAUGCAACCAGUGAAACUAUAACAAAUGAAAAAAUCCCAGCCACACCAGAGGGCAUUGUAGUUGCAUAUGGAAGUUUAGUGGUAAUGGCCAUGCUACCAAUUGUAUUUGGUUCAAUUCGUUCUGUUAAAUUACACAAACACAAAAAGGUGAGUGGGAAAAAAGCCGAAACAAUGACCAAAAAAGAUGCGAUGUUCUUCCCUAUUAUAGCCUCAGCCGCUCUCUUUGGACUUUACAUGUUCUUCAAAAUUUUCUCUAAAGAGCAUAUAAACCUCCUCCUUACUGGAUAUUUCUUUUGUUUGGGUGUUAUCGCAUUAGCACACCUUCUUAGUCCAAUUGUCAAUUCACUGAUGCCUACGGCUGUACCGAAAAUACCUUUUCAUAUGCAUUUUACCAAAGGUGAAGGAAAACACAAAGAGGAUAUUAUAAAUUACAAAUUUUCAACGCAUGAUAUCAUAUGUUUGGGCAUUUCGUCAGGGAUCGGUGUAUGGUAUUUAUAUAAAAAACAUUGGAUUGCCAAUAACAUGUUCGGACUAGCUUUUGCUGUGAACGGAGUGGAACUACUUCACCUUAAUAACAUUGUCACAGGAUGUAUACUUUUAAGUGGUUUGUUUUUUUACGACAUUUUCUGGGUAUUUGGAACAAACGUGAUGGUUACAGUAGCCAAAAGUUUCGAAGCGCCAAUUAAAUUGGUUUUCCCACAAGAUUUACCUAUAAACGGUCUAAGUGGAACCAAUUUUGCGAUGUUAGGAUUGGGUGAUAUAGUAAUUCCAGGUAUUUUCAUAGCGCUACUAUUACGCUUCGAUCAUAGUUCCAAGCGAAAAAGUCGCAUUUACUUCUAUUCAACUUUGGUGGCGUAUUUCCUUGGACUUAUGGCGACUAUUUUUGUGAUGCAUGUAUUCAAACAUGCGCAGCCAGCACUACUCUAUCUUGUUCCUGCAUGCAUGGGUACUCCAUUGUUGGUGGCAUUGGUGCGAGGCGAACUGAAAAGUCUUUUUGCUUAUGAAGAUCAUCCCGAGGAAAAAUCUGAGAAAAAAGAGAGUAAAGAUAUAUCUGCUAGUAGCAGUGGAGCAAAUAACAAGAAAGAAUCAAAGAAAGCCAAAUGAAAUUCCUUUGGUUGUAAUUCGUAAUAUAUAUAAAUUUAUAAAACAAAAUAUUUAUGGAUCAUAUUUAAGAAAAAUGCUUUUUUUUAUGUAAUCGGUCCAAACCAAAGUUAGUUCAGAAAUUUAUUUGUAGACAUAUUCGUUUAUUGUAAAGAAAAAAAAAAGCAAAACAAAAGACUAAUUACAAACAUUCAAUUGGCUUAAAAAUCCGAAUAUUUAUCGUAUAUCUUUUUAUCAAAUUUAGAUAUUUAAUAAUGAGUACUAUAAUUAAUUUUUUUAUUUUUUUGUAUAAGCUUUAUAAGUAAAAAUGAAGCUAAACUAUACGGAUAGGAAUUCGGCGCACAAGAAUGUAUAUAAAAAUUAUGUAUGCAAAUAUAUGCAAAUUGAUCUGAAACUUACA